AGUGACCGCUACGGAUGCCGGUGGAUUGGUGGAUAAGAUUAGUGUUUUAGUUUUUUCUUUUAUUAUUAUUUUCCACUGGUGUUUUGUUCUGGACGAUGGAAAUACCAGCACCGUCACCACCAAAUGAUAUCGAGCUACGGAACAUAAUCGACAAACUAGCCGAUUUUGUGGCACGAAAUGGACCAGAGUUUGAAUCGAUGACCAAAUCUAAACAGCGAGGCAACCCAAAGUUUGCGUUCCUGUACGGCGGCGAAUUUUACAAUUACUAUCAGUACAAAGUGAUUACCAAGCAAGCAAUGAUGAAGCAGCAACAACAGCAACCACAACAAAACAUGUCUUUGCCACCGUUAAUGGGCCAGCACGGUAUACCUCCACUGUUGGCCGGUUUUGCACAGCAACCGCCACCGCAAGCACAACAACUACCCCCGGUCGCUAUGCAGCAACAGCACCAGCAACAACUCCUACAUCAACAACAGUCCCAAGCGCAACUGGCGACCUCUGCAAAUUCGAACGCUGGCAACGGUUCAUCUAACGCGAUGCCCCAAAUAUGGUCCAAUCCUCCGCCGGUAAACACCGGCCCAUCGAACGCCGCCGCACAGAUUGUGGCCAACAAUCUAAACAGUCAACUGACGGCACAACUGGAAGCACUUACCAAACAGCAGCAAGCUUUAACCGAACAAAUACGCCAGUCGGAAAUGAAUCUCACCGCACAGCAUGGGGUUCUACUACAACAGCAACAAGUGCAAAUUGACGAAGCUCUCAUACGUGCACAGGAAGAGAUGCUUAUCAACCAGUCGAAGGAAUACAAUAUUCCACUGCACGAGUUCGACAGCAAGCUGCAGCCGAUUAUUGAUUCUUGCACGAAAGACAGUAUAUCGAAUGGAAAAGGCUGGAUUUUACAGCAUUGUACCGAUUCGGGAAAAUGUCAAAUUAUUUCGCAGUAUCUUUUGAGAAAGGCGUUAAUAGCUGGAGUUUUAUUUACGCAAAAAUUGCACCUGAUAUAUUUAGUAAAUGAUGUUAUACAUCAUUGUAACAAAUCUUGCAGCAUCCGGAAAAAUGCCGACGAGCUGAAGAAAUGUCUGGAAAGUGCGGUAAUUCCGAUGUUUUGCAACGCUCAGAUUACCGCCAAUGAUGAACAAAGGGUAAAGCUAACCAAGCUCCUGUCGCUGUGGGAAUCGAAGGGAAACUUCUUCGAUGCUUGCGUCAUAUCGAAGUUAAAGUCCCCGCCUUCAUCGCUGCAAGAGUACCAAACCAGUCUGCUGACACAGCACGCGAACGUGGUCGCGGCAAUUACUCAAGCGACAAAGACUACGUUUGAAAACUACCAACAGCAACAUCAAGCAUUUGUGCAACAUGCCACACAACAGAUAGCAAUGUUGGAAAAGCAAAAACAGCAACACCUCGAACAGCAGGCACGUAAAGCCGGUGCCCACGGUGGCGCUCUAGUCGGUGGUCCACCACCAUUGCUCCCUGAACUGAUAGCGGCCGUAGCGAACAGUGGUGGUCCGGUGAAUGGUGGUGGUCUCGUUGGCCCUUCACUACCUACCGCUGGUCCUCCUGGACCGCAACAACAACAACCUCCCCCAUCACAAGCUGGUGAUCGUGGCGGUUCGGGACCACUACCCGGUGGUAAUGGUGGUGGCGGACAGAUUCCUUCGCUUUUAGAUCAAAAUAUUAACUUUGGAUUGCUUUCGGCUGCGUUGCAAAAGCUUAAAAACAUACAAGACAAUGGUCCUCCUCCGGGAGUUGCUGUCGUUGGUGGGAAUGGGAAUAAUAUGACCGCCCAACAGCAAGCACCUCCACCACCACCACCCCCAUCAUCACAGGCACCGUCUGGGCGUGAGGGGGACAAUUGCGGUGAUUAUACACAGCCACCUCCGAACUUCCCAAUUCCGGAUCUGUCCCGACCACCACCAAACUUCCAGUACGGUACGAACCUUCCACCACCACCCGGGGGGGAUGUUCUGAGCAGUAGCAACAACAAUAGCAGCGGGAUGCCACCAGACCAUCGGCUCGCACAGCAUCAUCAUCAUCCCGAUGGCCGUUCGAAUGACGAUCGGGAUGAUCGACAGCUUGCACCCUCCAGUGGCAUGAUGCCGGACGAUCGUGAUCUGGACGAUUUAGAUCAGGAUCAGCCGGAACUGACGGACGAUCACGAUCAGCAACAGCAGGAAGAGGCGGAACCGGUUGUACCUCCAACGCCCGUGAAGAUUCCUUACUUUGAACUUCCGGCCGGUUUAAUGGUUCCGCUGAUACGGCUCGAGGAUUACAGCUAUCAUCCGCUCGAUCCGGACGAAAUUCGGUUGCCUCCGCCGACGCCAACCAACGAUCGAUUGGUUAGUGCCGUAGAAGCGUUCUACGCUCCACCGAGCCACGAACGGCCACGGGAUGGCGAAGGAUGGGAAAAGCUAGCACUGUACGAAUACUUCAAGGUAAAGAAUGCUUCCCGCAAGCAGAAGGAGGAUGAAAUUGAUCGUGGGCUGCGCGAUCGGUCCCGCUCACCUUCACCGAUCAAUCCGGACUUGCUGAAAGCGACGAAAAAGCAGAAAAAGCGCACAUAUCGCUCGAAAAGUCGUUCCCGUUCCCGGUCUCGGUCGCCGGCCGAUAAUGGAGCGCUGUAUGCAGGCCAGCAGCAGCAGCCGCUGCACGGUACCGCUCGCAAUAAUCAACGCCACCAUCGGAACCACCGAUCGCGCAGUAGAUCACGGUCUCGGUCACGUUCACGGUCACCUUCUAGGAGGUCUCCUUCGUCGGCAGGAGGACCAGCUUCAAUGCCCGUAUCAACUUCUGCUCGACCGAGCCGAAGUCGAUCACCGGCCCGACGGGAUCAUCGUGAGCCACGUGCUGGUGGUGGUGGGCGUGAUAUUAGACGUUCACCAACACCACCGAGCUUUGGUGCGGGUGGAUACAUGAAGGCGGCUAGCAGUUUCCUCGAGGAAGGCACCAAUAAACCGGGCAGCAGUGGUAUCGGACCCAUCGGAGGAGGUAACCAUCAAUUUCAUAACACAAUGAAAGGAGGUGGUGGUGGUGGUGGGGGUGGCAAUAGUGGUCCGAGUGGCGCCAUGGGAGGUGAUCGUAUAGGGCUGGGGGCAACGAUAGAACCGGUGCGCCAGGAAACGUACAAUCCGGCCGAUCCUUACGAAAGCUUUCGUAAGAAUAAAGGGGCUGCUUUCAUUACGCGCAUGAAGGCACGGGCGGAUGAGCGGAACUAAG